AGUCUAUUGUCUUUUGACGGACCGCCGGCUUCCUGUGUGUGUUCUUCGUAUGCUGGCUGACAAGUACGCAGGUUUUUUCCGUCCAUGCCCUCGCUGUCGCGAUGGUUACGAGCCUCAAUCCUGUUGAUGCACAAUAACCUUGACUAGCCACGACCAAUUUUUUCUGUUUCCUUUCCUUUAGUUAAAGUGAACAGGGCACUGUCCAUUGGGUUCGUGUCUCGGGUGAAGUAAGUGCAAAAAAAAAAAUGUUAGGGCUGAAGUACGAUGUUUCCCUGCCGAUGGCAGCUGGGGCUUUGUUUGUCGUUAUUCCUUACAGUAUCUCCCUCGUUGCCCAGUGGAUGUAUGGGUGGCCAAACAAACCAGGGUAUAAAAAAUACAUAGAGGCUCUAAGGCCAAGGCGGAUAUACUCUCUAACUAGAGCUGUUUUGGAAAUGCUCAAGUAUCUUCAAUAUGGGAAACUGUACUUUCAGUGGAAGUCGUGGUACAAUGAUACUGAUAACCAUAAACAUUAUGAAAAGGGUGUCAUUUUUGGUCGUCGGGGGAACAAAUUGGAUUUGUACUACGCCCCAAAUGUGGACCAUUCAGGUGGUGUUGCUACACCUGUGGUUGUUUUUAUAUAUGGAGGUGCAUGGGGUUCAGGAGAGCGAUCCAUAUAUUGCCUGUUGGCCUUGCAAAUGGCAAAGGAACUCAAUGCCACUGUGGUCUGCCCAGAUUAUGCCACCUAUCCAAAGGGGACCGUUUUACAUAUGGUUCAGGAUAUUACUGAUUGUCUUGUUUGGAUAGGGGAAAAUGGGCAUAAAUUCAGUAUGGACAAAGACAAUGUUGUAUUGAUUGGCCACUCCGCUGGUGCUCACUUGUGUGCACUGACUGCACUCUUUCUGGUAGAAGGCAUGGAGGAACUGGCAAUAGAACCAGCUAAACAGAAGGAAAUUUCCCUGUCAAUCAAAGGAGUCACAGGGUUGAGCGGUGUUUACAACAUACCGGACCAUUACCAGCACGAGAAAAUGCGGGGGAUUGAGUAUGUUUCCACAAUGCACAAAGCCAUGGGGGGCGUGGAGAACUUUGAAUUUUACUCACCUACAGAUUUUUUAAAGAUUCUCUCAGAGGACAAGCUGAAGAGAGUGCCUCCCUUCUGCUUGAUCCAUGGAACGAAUGACAUCAUCGUGCCCAUGGAGUCAUCCAUCAGGUUCUCUGACGUCCUCGCGUCCCUCUCCGUGAAGGUCUCCCUUCACCUCCUGCCUAAAAUGGACCACACAGAGAUUGUCACGGACCUCAUGGCCCCCGACAGACACUUCUACCGCACUGUCUAUGGCUGUGUCAAAGAGGAGUACAGCAAGUUCCAGGGGAAAUGCUGAACACUUGGAAUGAGUUCUGUUCUGAACACCCUUUUUUGUUUUAACACUGGUUUACUGCAAUGUUCAGUUUCUUUCGUACAUUUCGUUGAUGUGGAACAAUAACCUCAAAAUUUAAAUAGUUGUACUGACCAUAUUUCCAGUAUUAGUUAUCUGAGCACUUUUUUCUUUGUACACAGUAACACUUAUUUCCAUUAGUGUUAUUGUAUUAUUUUCGGUUUCGUAUUGAACAAAUCUGACAGUUUCACUAGUCUUGCAUGUUGUUUUGUAAUUAACUUAUCUUGAUAUCAUUGCAUUUAAUGACUGAAACAAGCAUACCUUGAAGCAAUACCAGAGAGAAUGAUUUGCAUGCAUUUAUUUUCUGCAGUUUUUCCUAAACUCUGCUUCUCCCUGUAAGUGCUCAUUUACCCUUCGCUAAUGAAACUAAAGUACAAUUUAAAAAUUUUACUUUUUGGAUUUUAGUAGUUGGAUUUUAGCAGUUAUCUUAAAAGUCAAUUCAUUGCUCCCCUUUUUUCUGAUAAGGUUGCAAAUCUUGGGGCAGCACAUAUAUAUAUAACUGGAAACUAAUAACUAAUGUCAGUAUGAAUUAUUCAGUAUAAGCGUUAUGAUUACCUUAAGAUAAUGCUGUACAGUGUUGGCCACUGUAGUGUUUCCUUGUUGGCUCAUGAACCUGAAAAAAUGUGUGCAAGCAGCCAAAAAUGGCAGCAAAAUAAUUCAUGUUUCAGUGUUUCUUUUCCAGAAAGGGUGCCGCUGCACAAUGAAGCAGUCACUGCAGAUGGUGACAGAGAAGGUUCUAAGCAGAUUACUAAAUUUACAGAUUUACUUUUCGAAGUCUGACGGUUAUUAGACUAUUGUACCCUACACUUUACUCAACAUGUAUGUAACAGAAUGUAUUUCAGAAUGGCACUGCUAAUGUCUCCUAAUUAUAGUGGAUCCUAUUAUGCAGAAGCAUGUUUUUUUUGUUACAUUAUGAAGGUAACAUUUGUAUGUUACUGCUUUGCCGUCUUUCGCUUAACUUAUGUAUUUUUGCAAAUUUAUUUCUCAUAUUAAAACAGGACAAGGCUCUUGUGACUCUAUGCUGCAUGCUUUAUUUAUGCAUGUCUACUGUGUGGGCCACACAGACCAUGUUUCUUUCAAUUUAAUUCUCACCAGCCUGUUUACAUUGCAUUAUAUUACAUGAACUUUUAGGCAUUUAAGCUUUAAAGGUUGAAUUACUUUUAUUUCACAAGUGUUUCACUGUAGCACCAGCAAAUCAUAACAUUAUUUCAUAUAAGACAGGUGAUAGCUAAGAAUGUUCCCAGCCUUUGCUGAACGUGAAAGUUGAGGUUCCUCUGUGUUCACCUGCUAAAUCUUGUUUCAUUCCGUUUGUGUUGAAAUAAUCCUGCAUUCUGACUUCAGUGGUCCAAUGAUUUAUUGUGACUCUUUUUGAAUGAACUGCUGUGAAUCCUGUCAUAAUGAAUUAAAACCAUGUCUGUGUAUUGGGCCAGGACAGGCUGGGGGCUGAGCUAAGACGUCAAGUACUGUAUGCCAGAUGCUUCAAGAUAUUUGUAAGAUCUUCUGAACAAAAUGCUAAUUUUCUAGCUUUUGUUGUUAAAAAACAACAAUUAAAUGAAUGAAAAAUA